UGGGUUGCAUUAAAGACAAGAUAAUCCGGUUUCUGGGUAAAUUGAAAUAUAAAUAAAGAAUUGAGAGUUUAGUCUAGUUGGGACUGGAGAUAAGAGAAUACAGUUACCAUGAACGCUCUGACGGAUAUAAUCUUAAAUACUCCGGUAUUUCCGUUUCUCUGGGUUCCACACUCGAUACUGAUGAGUGUUGCUCUUAGAGCAACCCUAGGUCCUGCUAAAUGGCGGGAGUUCUCAAGGGAACAUCCUCUCUCCUGUUUCCUCCUCGCCCUACUCUACAUCUACCCUGGAGGAAUCUUGGCCUCCUUUAUUCAGGGACAAUCCUUGAUCGCAUUUCUUAAAUUAUCUCCGAAUCUGUAUGCAGCCUGUAUCUCCUGGUACCUGGUGUUCUACUCCCCCCUGGACGUGUUCUAUCAGACCCUCAUUAAGACCGGGGUUCUACCCUUCCUCACUAUACUCCAGGACUGGCAGAGAGUAGGUUUGGUGUUGUCAGGUUUAGAAACCAUUAACUCUGAGAGCCCCGGGUACUUCUUGUAUCCGGUAGUGUUCGGAGUAAUCAAGUCCAGUGGGUUCAUGGUCUUCAAGUAUAUCGAGGUCGGGCUCCUUCAGGGUCUCAAGACAGGGUUCAAGGUUCCAAACCAACAAACUAAAACUAUGGUUGUAUCAGCAGUUCUUCUCCAGUUACAGAUCCUGUACUCUGUACUGCCUAUAUCCGUAUCUGAUCUGUACUGCUGUUUGGUCCUGUACACUGUUGUUAUGCGCUUGAUUACUUUACUGCUAGCUAAGUCUGAUUGGGAUCCGUAUCUGGGGUUUGAGAAUGGUGUGUGUACUCUAGUAUACGGAGCUCCGGGUUCAACGGAGAUCACGGAGAAGAAAUCUGCAGAGGAGAAGAAGGAUGAUUGAUUAGUUGAUUGAUCUUGAGCUUGUUACAAUUUUUACAUUAUGAUAAGUUUUAUACAAAAUAUUUUUUCUAGAUUUCUACAUUUACUGUUAGGUUAUUUUAACUAUAUUUUUCAAACAUGGUUUUAAAACGAAUGUUUUAUUCUGAACUAAACCGAUAUAACUAGAUACAUAUUUAAUAUCUUAAACGAUAUCCCAGUAUAUCUCAAUCAAUCAAAUGGCUCAAAUAAAUGGAUAGAUAAGUCAUUUUUUCAUAAAUCUCAAAUACACAACUUUAUUUAUGAUAUGGGAUAGUUUCUUUUUAAUAAAAAUGUGUUUUUCGCUUACUUUUCUUACAGUGAAAAAAAAUCGUUUUUUUAGCUUAUAACAUCCGCCGGCCACUAAUUAGUGCCCACAAAAAAAUUAAGCUCAAUCGGUCCAGCUGUUUGGCUGGCUAUACGCAUUACGCAACAUAUAUAUAUAUAU